AUGCAGAAGAGCAAACAGCCCCUGCAGGUCACCAAGGACCUGGGCCGCUGGAAACCUGCUGACGACCUCCUGCUCAUCAAUGCUGUGCUGCAGACCAACGACCUGACCUCGGUGCACCUGGGGGUGAAGUUCAGCUGCCGCUUCAACCUGCGGGAGAUCCAGGAGCGCUGGUACGCGCUGCUCUACGACCCCAUCAUCUCCAAACUGGCCUGUCAGGCCAUGAGGCAGCUGCACCCUGAGGCCAUCGCUGCCAUCCAGAGCAAGGUGCUGUUCAGCAAGGCUGAGGAGCAGCUGCUGAACAAGGUGGGAUCGACCAGCCAGCCCACGCUCGACACCUUCCAGGAGCUGCUCCACAAACACCCCGACGUCUUCUACCCGUCCCGCACGGCCAAGGCCCUGCAGCUGCACUGGCAGCUGAUGAAGCAGUACUACCUGCUGGAGGACCAGACAGUGCAGCCGCUGCCCAAGGGAGACCAAGUCCUGAACUUCUCCGAUGCUGAGGACAUGCUUGAUGACAGCAAACUGAAGUGGAUGAGCUCCCCAGAUUUCGACAGCCAGACCCUGGCCGUGCUGCGGGGCCGCAUGGUGCGGUACCUCAUGCGCUCCCGGGAGAUCACUCUGGGCAGAGCCACAAAGGACAAUCAGAUCGACGUGGACCUGGCGCUGGAGGGACCAGCAUGGAAGAUCUCCCGCAAGCAGGAGCCAUGA